CCCUUUCUAAUGACACAGGACUUCAGCUAAAUAAACCUGCCGCUAUAACUUUGGCUCUUGUCUCAAGAGUCCUCCCUCUGUCACUAUCUCUAUACCGUUGGCUCCCAAACCAGGAUACUAGAAUACUAUUACUACCUUGGCACAUCUCCUUGAGACUUUCUUCCUUGAUAUGGAUUUAAAGGGGUUUUGCCUGAGUGAAAACGUCAAUUUUCUCAGCCAGCACAACCAGUAAGAGUCAUUGAGAUUUAUGUUUUUUUUUGCCAUUCCUAUCAUAGAUACGUUUUUAUUGGUCAUUCAUCUGAUUGCCAUCAUUUGUGUGCUGUUCAUUUGUGUUUGUUUUAAUUAAAGCAUUAGAUAAGGCAUAAUUUAGUUUUUUUUUUUUUGUUAUUAUUAUGUGUCUGUAGAAUAAGUGCAAAAGUUGAUUUCCUCCAUUGGGAACAUGAAUAGAGGUGGUGGUCCUUGAGGUGGCAGACAAUCCUGGGGUCUGCAUGCCACACUGUUAUUGUAGCAGCUCACAGAAUCCACAAUGGGGUAUUAUUUCAGUGAGAUUAUAUUUUUGUCAUGAUCAUUUCAAUUGUGCCAUCAGCCUGUUGGUCUCCUCAAACACCGACGACGCUCCGUCACCAGAUGAUACAUGUAACAAGACGGAUCCCCCCAGCCCUACCUUCGCCCUGGACAGCACCACGCCAUUCAGUCCAAGCUCGGACAGCAGUGGAUACAGUUUAUUUUCACAGGGUCACUCGAUGGACCCGGAAUCCCCGAGUUCGAGCAGCAGCGGCAGCGUUGUCAGCGCAGCACCGGACACUAGCGGCGCACCUAAGUUUUGGUCGGAGCGCAGUUUGGCGCUCUCGGCGCACGUUGACUCCAUCCUCAAAUGUGACUACCUAUCGUCUCUGCGCCCUGGACCUAAAAGGCUGUGCCUAGUUUGCGGCGACUUUGCAUCAGGAUAUCACUACGGAGUAGCGUCGUGUGAGGCAUGCAAGGCUUUCUUCAAGAGGACAAUUCAAGGUAACAUUGACUACAGCUGCCCUGUGAUGAACGAGUGUGAGAUCACCAAGCGUCGGAGGAAGUCGUGCCAAGCGUGCCGCUUCCAGAAGUGCCUGCGUGCCGGCAUGAUGAAGGAAGGUGUUCGCAUGGACCGAGUCAGAGGAGGACGUCAGAAGUACAAGAGAAGGGGGGACUCUGGCCUCUCUCUUUAUACGAAGGCCCCAGACACACACCCUGUCAAGUCCAACGGAAACAAAGUGAUCUCCCAGCUCCUCUUGACAGAGCCAGCCCCCCUAUGUGCCACGCCUGACAACUCAACCAAUGAUGACAACCUUAAAGCCCUGCUGACGCUUUGUGACCUCCUAAACAGGGAACUCCUGGUCAUGAUUGGCUGGGCAAAGCAUAUCCCAGGCUUCUCUGCCCUUUCAUUGGUGGACCAGAUGGCCCUGCUGCAGAGUGGUUGGAUGGAGACACUGGUCUUGUCAGUGGUGUUUCAGUCUUUGGGCUAUGGGGAGGAGCUGGUGUUUGCUGGGAACCUGCGUCUGGACCAGGCCCAGUGCAGAGCGGCAGGACUCUUUGACCUCUACACCGCCCUGAGACAGCUGACCACCAAGUACCAGCAGAUGAACCUGAGCCAAGAGGAGGUGGUCACUCUCAAGGCUAUGGCCCUCGCAAACUCCGAUGCAGAGAACCUGGAGAAUGCGGAGGCAGUGCAGCGGUUCCAGGACGGACUCCAUGAGGCCCUGCAGGAGUACGAGAGCUCCCAGCACACAGCAGAGCUCCACCGGGCAGGCAAGCUUCUCAUGACCCUUCCCCUGCUCCGGCAGACUGCAAACCGCGCCGUGGACACCUUCUGUAGACUCCACCUGGAGGGCCGCGUGCCCAUGCACAAACUCUUCCUGGAGAUGCUGGACGCCAAAAUAUGACUGUUCUACUACACCUAACCUCCCAUUGGCCCCCACAAACCUUAACCAGGUGCCCCAUUGUUGAGGGGUCAGAAGUUCAGGGCUUGGUGGUUCGCAGUUUUAUGACAAGCCAUGGUGUCAUGGAACAAGACUGACUUAUAAGUCAAGGGCUCUAUUCAAUCCGUGUCGCGGAAGUUCAACGUUAAAGUGUGAUUGAAAUUUAAAGGCAAUGUUCCCGCAUUAGCGGAGACUGCAUUCACUGUAAACUUUUGUCUAUGUCAGCUCAAUCGGAAAUGACCUUUACAAUGCUAUCGUGCAAUCUAUAACGCUUCAGUGAUAAAGACUGAAUAGUCCCAAGUAUAGCAUAUUUUUUAGGUACUUUUUCAGAGGAGAGUAUGUACAAAAUGUUUUUUUUUUAUAUAUCAUGGCGAUUUUCAAGCCAUGAUAUUCAGUCAAUAUGAAAUGAUGUUACUCAUGUGAAAACAUAAUAGCACUACGGUUAAUGACGAUGCAUUCUGGUAGCUAGAGACCACAUAGCCAAAUGCCUCCAAGCAGUUAGCCAGGCUGAACCAAACUAUUAGUACUGCUAUCAUUACAAACAGCACAUUCUUCUGACUUCCCUGCCUUACCAUACUGUACUAAGAAGGUGCGACGCCAUUUUGUAUUUUAUUUAUGUAUUUAUUUAUUACAUGAUCGCUGUACAAAGACAUGAACUGCUUUCAUACUAGCAUGUAUGCUUUUGAAUAAAAUGCUUUUGGAAUUAAAUGCGUUUAUAGAGUGUGACAGACAUUGCAGUGUGAACAUUGCGU